GCCGUAAACAACUAAUGGCUGCCAAAAACAUUUGAAAACUCUUUGAAUGUCUUACAACUGGUCCUUCAGGUGACAAAUGAUUGCCGGAAAUAAUGCUUGAACUCUAUGAGCACAACAAAGCCGAUUGCAUCCGACUGUUGAAUAUGAUUAUCUGCGAAAUCCCGUUCAUCAAGACCUUCAACGAUGACUGCCUUCUGGAGCGGCUGCUGAACCUGAUCUCGAUUAUCACCGCCGCCUUCGACGGCCACACCGCCGGCGCAUCCCUUCAUGACCAGCACGAGGCCAUCGACACCGACGAGGAGCGCGAGCUUUCCAUCAGGGAGUGGCUGCUCAGGCACUACAACAGCAAGUGCUUCAUCGAUGACCUCAACUUCGGCGAUCCCGAAGACCGCACACGAGUUACGGUUCUCAUCAUUAAUAUACUCUUCAAACUCAGACAUUCACUCAAAGACAUCGAGCAGUACCUCAAGGAUUGCGACUCUUUCGUCCAAUUCGACCGACAGCUCAACCAAUACACAAGAUUUGACAAACUGUUGGAAAUGGUGUCCAACGACUGCAACAAAUGGAGGUCUGAAUCGCGUGAAUAUAAAGUGAAAUUAGAAGAGACGAAGAAAUUGAUGGAUAAAUACCAACAAAACGAGAUCUUUAACUAUAACUGCAAUCCUCGCAAUCAGAACCUCUACAAGAGUCGCAUUGGACUCAACCCCGUGUCCGACGAGUGUCUGCAACGACGCCGACGAGCACUGGAGACCCCGAAGGUUGUGAAGCGGAGGGCCUCGACGUCGGCCACCGACUCGGCGCCUGAAUUAGCCGAUUGUGAGCGACAUAUGAAUGGCUACGACAGCGAUGGCAGCGAUGACAGCGACCGCAGUGUCAACAAUGAAGUGAUUUGUUACAUAUGUGUCGAGUGCGACAAAAACUAUUCAACAAACUUUGAGUUCAAUCUUCACGUACUGAAGGACCACAAGAAUGUCGACAUUUCCGACAUCAUCCGCAACGCCAACGUCAACACCGAUCUGGACAUCAGUGUCGAGACCAGCGGUGGCGACACCACUGAGAAGAAGUGUCGCAAUCAGAAGAAGCGGGUCUUCAAGUGUGUGUAUAAUAAGUGCGGAAAAGCUUUCUAUCGAUUGAAUGAAUUGAAGAGACAUUUCGUGAGACAUCAGCCGAAAGUGGAGAGAUUUGUGUUCAUUUACAGCGAUUACAUGAAUGCGUCCCUCAAUCACAUAAGAACUACCGUCCCGUUGAAGUCCAGUCAUCGGCGGUCAUCACCGCAAUCUCAUAACACAGAACUUAAACCCAAUGUCCAUAUCAUUCAUAAUCACAAUAAUGUCGAUACGAGUAAUGCGAGUGUCAAUCACAUCACCGGUAAUAGUGGUGUGAAUUACUUUGUGAAUGACUCGCGAGUGAGUCAUCCGAAUGCCAUUAAUUAUCACGAAAAUGGUGUGUCCUCUUCGGCCACUGUUUCCCAAUUUAUUGCCAAUAAUGAGAUUAAUGGCAAUUCAAUGGCCAAUGAAUAUCACAUCUGCAAUGAGACCGCAGAUGAAGGCAUGCCUUUAGCCCACAAUCCGGACGAACAGCAGACACAAGAAGAUUAUUGUUUCGGUCUUCGGCUGAAGAAUAAUAAGACGUAUUCCGCGAUUCCAGGGUUUAAUGGGUUUAAUGGCGACGGCGACAGUAACCCAGAGUCACUGUUGAUUCAGCGGAUUCUUCAACAGCUGACUAGGCAGCAAAUGAGUAACGCUUCGGUAGACUCUCAGUAA